UGACUGCAGUCUACAAAAGCGGAAUGUGAGAAGGUGUCCUGUUUCAGACUUUGCUUUCUCUCUGCAGGCACGGAAAAACACAGCCUCUAGAGUUUGACUAUGACUGAAGAAAUUUGGGACGUUAUUAUUGUCGGUGCUGGGCUAUCUGGACUGAGUGCAGCUCAUUUGCUGAAGAAAAGAAAUGACAAGUUGAAAAUACUGGUAACAGAAGCAAAAGAUCGCGUGGGAGGGCGCACGGUGACCAGUGAAAUACCAGCAGCCAAUGGUGUUGACCGCUGGGACUUUGGAGGGCAAUGGGUUGGAAGCACCCAACCACAUGUCCUAGAGCUCAUAAAGGAGCUGGGAAUAGAAACCUACCGACAAUUCACUGAUGGCAAGAAGGUGUACCACAUGGGGGGGCCAGAUGCCAAAGUUCGCAUUGGCGAAGGCAGGCUUCCUGCUCUUUCCCUACUAGGGCUAAUGGACCUCGCCCAGCUCUAUUGGAAGAUUGAAAAAUUGUCUGCCACAAUAUGUGUCGAGGAUCCUUCAAAGUCCCCCAACGCUUUUGAACUGGACAGUAUGACCGUGCAGACAUACCUUGAUCAACAUGCAUGGACUACAGAAGUAAAAGAGCAGAUGGCAAUGUGUAGCAGGCCUCUCUUUGGCCUGGAGCCAUCCCAGAUGUCCUUCCUGUAUUUCCUCAUGUAUGCUGCGACAGCUGGGGGACUACUGCCGCUGCUGGAGAGCAAUGAAGGUUCCGGUCAGGAGCUCAAGCUAAAGGGAGGCACCCAGCAGCUUUCAGAGGGUCUGGCAGAACGUAUUGGGUGGAAGAAUGUCCAGCUGGGUGCUGCCGUGACGGCCAUAUGGCAGGAUGCUGAGUAUGCCAAGGUGAUGACCGCCACCAACACCUACUUGUGCAGAGCUGUGAUUGUCACCUGCCCCCUUAAUUUGGCAGCAAAGAUCCACUAUGAGCCACCCCUGCCCAGCCAGAGAGAAUCUCUAAUGAUGAACAUGCCUAUGGGGAACAUUCUAAAAUUCAUCAUUACCUUCAAGACGGCUUUCUGGAAGGAGAAGGGCUACUCUGGGGAGAUAGCAACAGGAUCAUCCACUAACUGUCCAUUCACUGUGACCUUUGAUGCCAGUACCCCCUAUGGCAGCCCUGCUCUGGUGGGCUUCAUUGCCGGCAAGCAGGCAAAUGAGUGGAGCUCCAAGGAGGUUGGAGAGAGAAGAGAUGCUGUGGUCUCCAGGCUGGUCAAAUACCUUGGCCCAGAGGCUGCGUCUUUCAUCCACUAUGAGGAGAAAGACUGGGCCAAGGAGCCCUACAGCGGGGGCUGUCCCGUUAAUGUCAUGGUACCAGGGGCACUGACAUAUUACCACCCUAGCCUGAAGAGCCCCUGUGGAAGGAUCCAUUGGGCAAGCACAGAGACAGCCACCAGUUGGUGUGGGUACAUGACUGGUGCAAUCCAAGAGGGUCAACGAGCAGCUCGGGAAGUGCUGGCUAAACUUUGCCCGAAUGCCCUGACCCAGGAGGACGAGGAAGCAGUGCAGGAGAGUCAAACUGUCAAGCAAAAACAGCCAUCUAAACUCUCCUUCCUGCCUUCAAUCAAGACACUGGUCAUAGCAGCAGUGGCAAUAGGUGCUGCUGUCUUGCUGGCGCAAAACCCAGAUGCAUUAGAAAACGCCAAAAACUUUGUGACAAAAUGGUUCUCCAAUGACCAGGAAUAAUAUGUUUCUGGUAGGGGCUAAUCUUUUUGACUUGCGGGCCACAUUGGGUUCUAAAAUUGCUUUGAAUGUUCCACGAAGGCUUGAAAAAAAGGUUUCAACAAUGAGUGUCAUUCCUUAAACACAAUCUUUGUGUAUGUUAUUAACGUCUUUUUAAAACACAUUUUAACAUCUUUGUGUGUUUUUAAACACAUUUGAAUAUAUUCACACAUUUUUGUUAAAAAAAAAAAAAAAAAUCUUCACUUUCAACUUUACACAAUUAAACUUUUCAGCUGAUUUUUUAAACAUGUUCAUUCAUCAGACGUUCGCAGGAUGAGUAGCCCAUAGACAUAUAUACAUAUAGGCUGCAUUGAGCGGGUUGGUCGUUGGUCGCGAUAUGUCAUCAGUGUGGCAGAAAAAAGAAGACUUAGUGUUUUAAGACGACGCAAUGUUUAAAACAAGCGGUAUUAAAGAAUAUGAAGCAGGAGGUAGCUGCCAGCGGUGCUGCUGAGGCUAAAACAACACAGAGUGUGGAUGAUUAACACCUGUCACCUGUCGACCAAUCAGAGUCAGGAGAA